GAAUAAGGAAAUAAAAAAAUAAUGUAUUUUGAAUAUCGUAAUGGUGGUUGCCUAUACAUAAGGUAUAAAAACUGAAUAAAAUCUAUCAAAAUAAGGAUUUCGUUACGGACUCUUCAAUUGCACUACUAAUAUAUUUUCAUGCCACAAAUUGCAUUAAAAUUAAUAAAAAACUUUAUUGGCAUGCUUUAACUACUUUAUUUAAUUUAUUAGCUAUUUCUACAUAGCAAUGAAGUAUUAAGUGUGAGAAUGAAGCAGAAGCAAGAAGAAUGCUUAACCUUUAUUCAAGCUGUCAAAAUUUCAAAAUAUAAGUUUUUAUGCCGCCAAAAUAAUUAUUAUGAUAAAUAAAUUAGGAAUAAAGAAUAAAAGCAAAAUACUAAAUUAAGUAGAAUCAAUAAUUUUAUGCUUAAUAUGGAAGAAACAAAACUUCAAAAACGCAAAAGAAAAGCCCAAAAUGAAGGCAACAAUAGGCUCCUAGUUUCGACUUGUGCAGAUCUUUCAGAUGUUUAUAUGAAGAGUGGUCGAUUUCAGCAGGCCAUUGAAGAAUUUAAAACUUUAGCGGAAGUCUACAAAUUAGAACACAAUCAAAUUGAAUAUGGCAAAGCUAACCGAGCUAUAGGGGAAGCAUAUCUGGGGCUUCAUAAUUUUAAAAAAGCUUUAGAACAUCAGAAGAUUUAUCUCAAUAUAGCAGUGUCUGAAAAAAAUAAUGCAGAGAUCCAGAGGGCAUAUGCUACUAUUGGCCAUAUUUAUCUAACUAUGUAUUUAGAGACUCAGGCAGAUGCUGAUCAAAAUUUGAACGCUGCAUACAAAUAUUUCAUGAGAAGUAUGAAAGUUUGUGAAAGUUUGACUGCUAUAAACAAAUUGGAAAAGGCUGAUAUGCAAGCCAGACUAUUUUCAAACCUGGGUCUGGUUAAAGAUAGUUUAGGGGACUAUAAUAAGGCAAUUGAGUUAUUCACAACUUCUAUAAACAUCUGUAAGGCUAAUGAUAUCUAUGAACAGCUAAGUAGGGGAUAUAUGUCAUUAGCUGCGUUAUAUGACAAGAAAGAAGAGACAAGUAAAACUAUGCACCAUUAUAAUUUAGCUAUAGAAGCAGCAAAAAAACUAAAGGACAACAUAGAUCUGAUGUGUACAGCGUUGCAUACAAAAGCCGAAGCUCUGAUAAAGUUAGGUGAUUUCCAUGCAGCCAAAAAAACGCUGUACAAAGCCUACAAACUUAAUAGUCCAAACAUUGAAGAUAGAAAAAUGAUAGAGAAGUAUUUGAGAGCAGUUGCAACUAUGUGUUAUGACGAAGAUAAACUUGUGGUAGAGACCAACGACAACAGAGCCUUGAAAAAACUCUACGAAUCUAUGGGCGACUGCGCAUGCGUAGUUAAAAACUAUCCAAAAGCUAUCGAAUAUUACAAAUUAAUGUUGAAUUACGCAGAAAGGAGUGGCGUGAGUGGGAAAGAAUUGGCGACUUGUUACAAUUCCUUGGCACAAACUUACGAAGAUAACAAAAUGUUUAAAGAGGCUGUGCAGUACUUCGAAAAAGAGUUUGAGUUUAGGGAUAAUAUUAAAGACGCGCUAGACGCGAUGAGUAAGAUAGCAGAUAAUAAAGAGUCUGCAGAGGAGUCUAUGGAUGAUGUUGUAGGGGUUUAUGACAAGGCGAUAAAGUAUUGCCAAGAAAAAGAUAAUUUGAAAGAAGAACGAAGAAUGAUUGCAAGGUGUAUCAAAUAUUUACAGCGUAUUGGAAAAACCUCUGAGGUCUGUAGAUACCAACAAAAACUGAAUGCCUUGAAGGUUCCUGACAGGGAAGAUGAUAGUUCUUCAUCUGAGUGCGAAAGUCAUAACUCCAGCAUAAUUGACGAUAAAGAAAAUUGUCUCAACUUGGACGAUAUUACAGAUUCAGACGAUUCGACAGAAGAAGAAAAACCAAUAAACCCGUCCGUAGUAGUGGUAGGCAAGAGACGAUCGAAAAAUUUUGCCAUAAAGAAAAACGCUAAAGGGGAAUCCCAACUGCACGUCGCUUGCAUCAACGGAAAGAUUCCCGUCGUCAAGCAUCUUCUAGAGCAAGGACAUCCGGUGAAUGUUAGAGACAAUACUGGUUGGCUACCCAUACACGAAGCUUGCAAUCACGGUUUUUACGAAAUCGUCAAACUUCUAUUGGACAAAGGAGCUGCCAUCAAUGACAGGGGAGGAGUGAAAUGUGAAGGCAUUACACCCAUCUUUGACGCUGCCAAUAACGGUCAUUUAAAUAUAGUCCAACUACUUUUGGACCGAGGAGCGUCAGUUACUAUCAAAUCGGACAAUGGGGACACUCCUUUAAACGUUCUGAAAGUCUGGCAUCAGAGGUAUCCUUUCGAGGGCGAAGACUACGUCCUGUACAAUACGGUCGUGGCCAAAAUGACAGAAGCUCUAAAAAAGGUUGGAGAGAACGUGUCCGAAAACGUAGUUGUACACGAACCAGUAAGCGGUGAAUCUGAAGAGGUCGUUGUUUCCGAGAAAUCUGAAGACUCCGAGAUCGAAUCAGAUCGUGAUUCCGACAGUAGCUCAAGUAACAUCCCUUUGAGGCCAUCUUCUGGUCCAAAUCUGCUAAAUGAAUACCAAGAAAUUAUGAAAAAUCUAGGGAAAAAGUCAUCUACUAGCAACACAAGGGAUAUUAGAUCAAACGUCAGGAAUAAGCCAGCUUUACUAAGAGAGAAAGAUGUCUCUUUUGAUGACUGGUUGGAAGAUGAUCUUCAACCUGGGAAGGCUACCAAGAAACGGAAGACUAGUUUAACGGAAGCUGUAGUUACGUCCUCUACUAGGAAGCGGAGCUCAGAUUCACCGAGAAGAAAUACACCCAACAAAAGAUUGAGCGACGAGAACCGUCAAAUCAGUGACGUCAUCGCCACGACCUCAUCGUCGCCCAGUCCCACAAGAAGAAUAUUCACACCCAGCAACAUCCAGAAAAAUAGUGCAAAAAGAAAAAUCCAGACUUCGUUAAUAGAUUCCGGUAUCAGUAAAACUACCAACAGUGUUAAACACAGACCACUUCAGACAUUACAAAGGCACCGUAGCCUGGAAAAUAUAAAACAAUCUAAAAUCACAACUUUCGGGAGCAGCAAGAGCUCCAUCGAACCGGAUUCUACCAUGUCAUCUCCGAAUAAGUUUUCUUAUACUCAAAUUCCGGUCGUUCAAGAUGUAACUCCGAAUAUUCCAGUCGCUCAUGCCAUUUCUACUGGAGAUUUGAUGGUUUUUGUUGACGUUAAAGUAGAGGGCAAAGUUUUUCGAGUGCCUGUGUUACUGGCACAAGUGCAGACCAAUACUAUUGGAUGGUUAGCCGAACAGGCAGCUCUAAAAUACGCAAGGAAAGAAUGUUCAAAACCUGAGUUAGAACUUGAGACGACGACUGGGGCCUUACUGUCAGAUGAAGACCCCUUAAGUUUGUUAUUUCCACUGGGUACAACCCAAGCUGAACCAGUGGUUGGAAAAAUUGUUAAACUUUUCGAGACGCCCCUGGUUGGUAAAUAUAGAGACGCAUGUUCGCACAUGAAAGAAGCUGUGGACGACAAGCUUGUGAGAAUACUCGAAGAAUUUUCUGUAAAUCUAAACUUACAAAAUUUGGGCUUGAUGAGCAAUACUCUAUCACCUCUAUGCAAGGCAUUGAACCAUCAAACAACGCUACUAGACCUAAACUUAUCAGGAAACUUCCUCGACAUCCACUGCAUGGUCGUUCUAUGCUCAAGUCUUCCAUCUUUGGUCAAUCUCACGUCGCUGAACUUGAAAUGCACCGGUUUGAGUAGUUCUCAUCUGACGGAACUGGUGAAUAUGUUCUCUAUCGCUUCAACUAGAAUAUUAGAGAAAUUGAAGCGUCUAGAUUUGAGUAACAACUACUUGAGGAACAGAAGUUGUGAGCAAUUGGUGGAGAUACUGAGGCAUCUAAAACUGGAGCAUUUGAAUAUAGCAAACGUGACCUUUAGCAGUGGUAUUUUUCAAGAUUUGCACAAUAGGAACAUGAGACUUAAUCUCCAGAAUGUUAAAUAUUUGAAUAUAAGCAAUAAUCAGUUAAGUAGUAGAGACUUGGAGAAUAUAAUUUCUUGGACUGUUGCAAAUAACUUAGUCGAUUUAAAUUUGUCGAGGAAUACUCUCAAAAAUACCACUUUGGGACACUACAAUGAGGAUUUCGAUAAAGACGACAAAUUCAAUUCACUACACUCUUUGAAUUUGUCCAGAUGUAAACUCACUGAUAAUGAUCUGUACCACAUACUUAGGUUAUGUUCCAAUAAGUCAAUCGUGAAGUUAGACGUUUCAUAUAACAUUGACCUGACUGCAGUAACCUUGCGACGGAUUCUGGAACUACCCGUUCUAGAAGAAAUCAAUCUUAUAGGCUGUGAUAAUAUUUUGAAAUACUUUUCCGAAUUCUACGAAGAAGUUACAGAGAGUUGUAGGAGGAAGUGCCUUAAACUGACUGUAGAUUUUAAUAUGUAUUCUAGUGAAGUUGAUAGUUUAAUCGAAAAUUUUAAGAAGUUGUAUACCGAACCAGUGAUUGAUAAAGGAGAAAGAUUGCUAAUAAUACACUCGAAAGAGUGGGAAAAGUGAUAUUAUUAUUUAAUGUAAAUAUAUCGUGAGCAUACUGCAAAAACUGACCAAGUCAAACAUCACGCUUUCGAGGUAAUUGAUGUUGAAUAUUCUGCAAUUUUAUUUGAAUUUAUUUUUAAAUCGUUUUAAAAGGAUAUAUGUAUAUUUUUUCUUUCGAGGUAUUAAAUGGUUGAAGUUAGUGAUUCUAAAAUCGUAUUAACCUUUUUGUUUUUUGAAUUAUGAACUGAUUAUUGAUCAAUACCAUUACCUACAAAAAGAUGAUUAUUGGUCAAUAAUAAAACACAAAGAAAAUAUUUAUUUUAUUUAUUUACAGUGUAAGGAUGAAGUUUCAAAUAAAAAUAAUUACUUUAUUUUAUAAAUUGGAAAAUGAUCGGGCCUGCGUAGCUCAGCGGUAGGAUGUCUGACUCGCGUGCUGGUAGACCUGGGUUCGAGACCCAGCGCCGGCAAGAACAGCGAGACAUUUUUAAAAUGUCUAUAGUCUCCAGGUCGACUCGGCCUGAAUAAAAUGAGUAAUUUGGGUAAAACCAGGGGUAAUAAUAGCCGGUUGAAGGGUAGCACCGUAGGCCCUAGAUAUAGCAGACUACCCGGCUAUAAUCCCAAAGCCGCGUUAGCGGUAUAAAACGGGAGACCAGAGGCGUGCGGUCCAUAGAAGCGGAGGAAGCACCGCUUCCCUAUUAUACUUUGAUAUAACAAAAUAUAUUAUUAACUAAUAUUUAAUUAUCAAAAAUUUUUCCCUAAUCCCAGUAAUCUACAUAUUAUUACCUAUUGUGCGUCCCACCUUGACUUUACAGUACAGGUUCUUAUGACCAACAGUGAUGCCAAAUUUUAUCAGAAACAGGUUUUAAGCAAACAUACUUUUUUCUAUAGGAUAACUAUUAAUAACUUAGGAAUUAAUAUUAUUGACAUUUUGUGGCUGUCAGGGGUUCUAAAACAUUUUUUUUUUUUUUUCGAAAAAUACCUUUAUGUGAACAGAAUAAAAAUAAUUUUGUAUAAAAAAUUUAUAUAAUAAUGUAUUUAAGCGCAUAAAUAUGUUAAACCUUAAUAAGUACGUAGGUACCUACAGAAAUAAUUAAAAUACACUUAAACUAUAUAUUUUAGCUUCUUUCUAUAAUCCGGUCUUCCUCACUUUCACUGCCACUGUCGUAGAGUGUAAACACAUUAAAAUGACAUUAAUUUCAUCUUGGAAAUCAGUCAUGAAGAAUAACAAUAAACUGCAAUUAGGAUCCAAAUUUUCCAAAUAAGCAAUGAGUUACUCAAUACAAUGUUAUCAGUAAUAAUUUUAAGCUUAUUUAUUAUUUUUUUUAUAAUUUAAUUGAGGUGAACUGACCAUCAACAAUUAUACUUUAUUUAUUCUCAACUGUAGGACCUGGUAGAACAAUAUAAAACUUUACUUAAACUUGACUGACAAUCUAUUUUAUAUUUUUCUUGGCAUUACUUCAGAACUGUCUAUACUGUCAAUACAUAAAUUAACAACCAUAGAACAACAUCCACUUUUAAUGUUGAAUAUUCUACCAUUCUUAACCAAAAAAAGUUAUUACGCAUAUCGAUUAUAAAAUUGCUGAUUACUUUUCGAAAAUGACUAUAUCACUCACAAAAAAAAACAAUGAAAAUAUUGUUUUACUUGACUGUAACGGGUUAGAUUUAAUUUAACAUUUUUAGGGACUUACAUUUUUAGGACCUUGGUAAUGUCCGAUCGAAAAUUCUUUUGAAGAAAAUCGGCAUCAUCGCGCUAAAAACUCCCAUAAGGAUUGUAUUGCCGUAUGCUUGUGUACUGUAAAGUCAAGGUGGGACAGACAUUAGGCAAUAUGCAUUGAAAAAUAUUAAAAAUUAAUCGCAUAGGAAGGAACUCAUUAUGCACACAAUUCAACUAUUCGGUCCACCCAUGACAGAAGCGCAUCUCAAAAUCGCCGCUUGUCAUGCAGUUGUCCCGUUUAAAAAUUGGUCAGGGUUCAAUGACCGCACCCACUAGUCGCGCGAAUUUUGGUACUCUGGAAGCGAUAGUUCGACCGCCUUCCAAAAGUGGGAUGCUCUGACUGUUACUGCUGCUAGGGGUGCGUAGGUACAUACAUUCACUUAAAGAAUAUUUCGAUUUAAAUUUUUUGCAGAGAUUUUUCCUUUUACUGAUCUUGUAUUUGACAUUUUACAGAUGAAGCCAAUUGACAUUGCAUUUUGUAUAAGACAAAUUGAUGACUUUAUUAAUACGAUAAUUAAAAAACGAGAGCAGUUUAAAAAUAUUUGGGAUAAAACUGAAAAUAUGGGGUUUGAACAUGAAAGAAAAAGAAUAAAGAUUGAUAAUGUCGGCAACAGAGAGACCUUUUGAUAAUGUUCUACAACAAAUGAAUUUUCGCUUUCAAAAUUUUAACGAAUUAAAAUUUGUAGAAUUAUAUAUAAUCUUAACAUUUCUAAUUAUAAUUCCCACAGAGGAAUUUAUUUCACUACGAUUAAAUAAUGAAAAUAUUUUGAUAUGCCAGAUUUGCAUUAUAAAUUAAGUGUUAUUUAUGAAACAACUGACAUUAGUGAUAAAGAUAUACUCAGAAAUCUGGGUAUUUCUUUAUAACUACUGGUUUAAACCAGUCCCUGUGUGAAGUGUCCAAGUUGUGUGAAUUACUACUAACUAUCCCAGUCACAAGUGCAUCAGUUGAACGUAGUUUUUCAGUAUUAAAAUGCAUUAAAAGUUUUACAAGAAAUUCAACAAUCGAAGACAGACUUUACAAGUCCAUUGAAAAAGACUGCAUUCAACAAUUAUCAGAAGUUGAUAGGAGAAUAGAGCUCAAGUAUAAAUAAGUGUCAUAUUGUUGAAAGUUGUGGAAAAUGCAUUGGAAUUAAAAAAAAAUUAAAUAGAUCUCUUCUUUAGGAAACGAAGCCCGGAGCGAGGACUUAAGACCCGAGCAAGCAAUACAGAUCAAUGAUAGGUCACUAGUCACUAGAAAUAGCGGCAAUAGAGUUACUCACGCAUUGAUCGGGGUAGGAUUUAGUGUGUGAUUCCUUGUACCCAGGACGUCUCACAUAAGCACUUAGCUGAUAGAGAGCCCCUAUAUCGCAUCAGAGUGUUAUCAAGUGGGAAGUGGCUCGACCCAAAUAUUUUUAUAUCCUUCUUAAAUCGCUUCCCCUUUAGAAAAAGUCAGCGCACGCCACUGCGGGAGACUAUUAUUAUUAGAAAAAUGAUAACAAAAGUCUAAAAGUUCACUACUAGAAUUAAUCUGAAUCCUAAUCGGACAAGUAGAACUAAUCCGAACCUGACAAUACUGAUGGCUCUGGAGCAACAUCUUUGUUUCCAGUCUUUGAUGGUAUUGACUAUUGACUGAUACCAAGCAUGGAAUUCAGAGGGAAUUGUUCUUGUCUUACAUAAUUUUAGAAGAUCCUGCUUUUUAAAUUUAUCAUAAAAUCCUUAACAUAAGAAACUCUGGAUCACUAUACACUGUAGACAUUUGUAUGUUAUGUGUGUUGCGGCAUCGAACCUUAUAAUUUUGACUUAGACACUUUUUCAGGUAUUCGAUUAUUUAUUUCGAAUCACUUGGAUUAAUAAACUAAAAAUCGAUAAAUAUUGACUUGGUCAAUUUUUGCAGUAUAUCCACGAUAUUUUGUUAUAAAAUAAUUUCUCGAACAAAAAUUAUAUUUUUUUUUAGUUGUAUUUUAAAGAAUAUUUUUUAGUUGUAUUUUUCUUAUAAAAAAGGUUUAACAAAAA